AUGACUUGCAAACAAGCUCAGCGUCACGCUUUUCUCAGAUCUCUCUUUCAACAAGUUAGAGAUUUUGAGCCCGACUUCCCUUCUCCUGAUGAGAUUCAGAGACUUGGAAUUCAAGUAUCUGAAGUAUCCCCAGCCGAUACGAAUGACGGAACUCUACAAUUCGAACCUUGCUACUUCAAACCACACCCAGAGAAAUUGUUGGAAAUUUGUCUAAUCCACCCUGAUCUUGAGCCGGAUGAACAACCGCACACGAUAUCUUCCGUGCGCAGCGUACAGGAUCUUAUGAACGAAUGGCCCACUAAAUAUCCACCUGGAGUCGCUCCAAUACUUACGAAUCUCAGAUGGUCGGAACGUUUAGACUAUGACCUAGACCACACUGCCUUUGACCAAGCUUAUGAAAUAGACGCUGUGAUUGAUUCUCACCUAGGUGCCUCAAGGCAAGGAACUUCCAUAAAUGGGCUUCCCGACGAGUUCAGACUUGAACAGCUUAGGGACCAAGAAUACUGGGAACCGGACCGGACAGAAGAUGACCCUAUUACCAUGGAGGACUUUGAUAAACCAAAAACCUGGCGAGUGGUCAAUCAUUUUAGAUACACCGGGCUCCCACAUUCAGUUAUGUCAUGCCUUGCCCAUAUCGAACCAACCGAGACAAACAAGGGUCUCACAACACAUGAGCUAAGAGCUAUCGUGAAUAUAAUGUUGCUUCGGGUCAAUCACAAACCAUUCCGCAGAUGUCAUAUCCAUCCGGUCUUGGUUCUGUCUUUUAUGGGCGAUCAAAAAGGGAGGAUUAUUCAGGCUUUGUAUGAUGGAAAGGGACUCAGCUUACAAUACUCGCGCUUAUGGAGCUUUGAAAAUCCGAGCACGGCACCGUUGGAAUUGUUCAUUCGAUAUAGGUUGAGUGAGCCCAUUGGUGGUGUUCGCACGUUGUCUAUCAGAUAG